AUGAGCAUCAUAAGCCUCCCAGUCGAAAUCCAAUCCCACAUCCUCAGCUUCAUCCCCUGGCACGACCACUUCCUCGUCUCCACGGUCUGCACACUAUGGUCUUCAAUCCUCCAACGCCACGGUCUACGACUUCACCGCCAUUACAACCACCCAAUCCCACCAAGCUGGGAUCUAUCCGAAAACUUCUAUCCUGUAUAUGACGCUCCAACUCCACGAGUUUCACCAACCCUCUACACUCCCACCGAGGCACCAAAUACCCAUGUCUUACUCGAAAUGGGAGUAUUCAUGCUCGAGGUCCGAGAAGACGGAAGGACCACGAUGUGUGUCAGGGUCCCACGGGAGUAUGUCAACGACAGCUUGUCAAACAGCCAUGGAGUUAUCAGACAAGACGAAGGGACGACGGAUAGCCGUCAAUACUCCGAGUUCUGGGAAGCUUCCACAGUAACCGCAAUAGACAGCGUUCUGAUCGAUAUAACCACCUCCCCACUUCUUAAAUCCGACAAACUUUAUUUUGCAAUCCAAGAAUCCGAUAGUCUGGAGGGAAUCGAUACCAGUAGUUUACAAAUCCCGGGGUUGCCGAAUGAUACCCGAACACUUUCGUUUAGGAUAUGGGAUUGGAAUCGAGAUAAUUCACAGAUCCAGCCAUUUGGUACUUUACCUUCUGGAGUUGCAAUAAAUGACCCGGCGUGGUGUUCAAAGACGUGGGAUUGGGUUAGAAAUAGCCCUGAGGGGUUGGUGGAGGUCGUGAAGGAGCAUCUGAGGACACAUGUUUUCUGUACUCCUGGGGUUGAACGGUGUUUUGUGCAAGUUGAAGGGUUUAAUAUGUAUGGAGAUUCACCCGGGGAUAAGCUUAACAUCACCGUAGCUGCUUUUCCGAGGGUGGGUUAG